UCCCACAACCAGUUCCGGAUUUCUUUCUACCCCGGAGCAAACAUCCACCUCUCCUCUGGAGAGAACAGAACAUACAACAAUUUCAGAAAAGAGCAGCACAAUUACUUCUGCUAGUACUGAAAGUACAAGUUCCACUUCGGAGAGGCCAGCAUAUUCCACACCUUUGCUAGAGACCACAAUGUCUGAAUCCAUCACAACAGAAACAGCUACCUCUCCUCCAGAAAGCAUGACAACUGCUGGAAAGAGUAGGAUGACAACUGCUCCCAGUACAGAAACCACAAGUUCUAUUCCAGAGAGCACAGCAGUCUCCACAGCAUUACCAGCAACCACAUUGAAUGAAUCCAGCACAUCACAAACUGCCACAUCUGCCCCAGAGAGCACACAGCCCCCCAGCUCCUUCCCUGAAAGCUCUACAAUUAGUACUAGUAAAACAAAAACCACUACUCAACGUCCAAUGACCACGGAAUACUUAACUACUUCUCCACAAACCACCACAUUGGAAACCACCACAACAGUGACAGCCACUACUCCCCCACAGAGCACAAUGACCUCCAGCUCUAUAAAGACUACUAGGUCUUCAAAAACCAUUGCUCAACAUUCAACCACCACAGCUACUCUUCCAGAGGCCAUCACCACACCUGCAUCCAUCACAUCAGAAGCAGCCAGCUCUCCAAUGAGUACAGUGCCUUCUACGGCAUCAGGAAAGAGCAGAAUAACAUCUUCUAUUUCCAAAACCACAACGCCAGCUCUAAAAAGCACAGUAUCCUCUACACCUUUUUCAGAGAGUAGCUUGACACCAUCCAGUUUGCAAAGGACCACCGCUUCUGCUUUAUCAAGUAGUGUGCCAUCUACCACUGCUUUAUCAAGUAGUAUGCCAUCUACCACUCCCACAACCAGUUCCGGAUUUCUUUCUACCCUGGAGCAAACAUCCACCUCUCCUCUGGAGAGAACAGAACAUACAACAAUUUCAGAAAAGAGCAGCACAAUUACUUCUGCUAGUACUGAAAGUACAAGUUCCACUUCGGAGAGGCCAGCAUAUUCCACACCUUUGCUAGAGACCACAAUGUCUGAAUCCAUCACAUCAGAAACAGCUACCUCUCCUCCAGAAAGCAUGACAACUGCUGGAAAGAGUAGGAUGACAACUGCUCCCAGUACAGAAACCACAAGUUCUAUUCCAGAGAGCACAGCAGUCUCCACAGCAUUACCAGCAACCACAUUGAAUGAAUCCAGCACAUCACAAACUGCCACAUCUGCCCCAGAGAGCACACAGCCCCCCAGCUCCUUCCCUGAAAGCUCUACAAUUAGUACUAGUAAAACAAAAACCACUACUCAACUUCCAAUGACCACGGAAUACUUAACUACUUCUCCACAAACCACCACAUUGGAAACCACCACAACAGUGACAGCCACUACUCCCCCACAGAGCACAAUGACCUCCAGCUCUAUAAAGACUACUAGGUCUUCAAAAACCAUUGCUCAACAUUCAACCACCACAGCUACUCUUCCAGAGGCCACCACCACACCUGCAUCCAUCACAUCAGAAGCAGCCAGCUCUCCAAUGAGUACAGUGCCUUCUACGGCAUCAGGAAAGAGCAGAAUAACAUCUUCUAUUUCCAAAACCACAACGCCAGCUCUAAAAAGCACAGUAUCCUCUACACCUUUUUCAGAGAGUAGCUUGACACCAUCCAGUUUGCAAAGGACCACCGCUUCUGCUUUAUCAAGUAGUGUGCCAUCUACCACUGCUUUAUCAAGUAGUAUGCCAUCUACCACUCCCACAACCAGUUCCGGAUUUCUUUCUACCCUGGAGCAAACAUCCACCUCUCCUCUGGAGAGAACAGAACAUACAACAAUUUCAGAAAAGAGCAGCACAAUUACUUCUGCUAGUACUGAAAGUACAGGUUCCACUUCGGAGAGGCCAGCAUAUUCCACACCUUUGCUAGAGACCACCAUGUCUGAAUCCAUCACAUCAGAAACAGCUACCUCUCCUCCAGAAAGCACGACAACUGCUGGAAAGAGUAGGAUGACAACUGCUCCCAGUACAGAAACCACAAGUUCUAUUCCAGAGAGCACAGCAGUCUCCACGGCAUUACCAGCAACCACAUUGAAUGAAUCCACCACAUCACAAACUGCCACAUCUGCCCCAGAGAGCACACAGCCCCCCAGCUCCUUCCCUGAAAGCUCUACAAUUAGUACUAGUAAAACAAAAACCACUACUCAACUUCCAAUGUCCACGGAAUACUUAACUACUUCUCCACAAACCACCACAUUGGAAACCACCACAGCAGUGACAGCCACUACUCCCCCACAGAGCACAGUGACCUCCAGCUCUAUAAAGACUACUAGGUCUUCAAAAACCAUUGCUCAACAUUCAACCACCACAGCUACUCCUCCAGAGGCCACCACCACACCUGCAUCCAUCACAUCAGAAGCAGCCAGCUCUCCAAUGAGUACAGUGCCUUCUACGGCAUCAGCAAAGAGCAGAAUAACAUCUUCUAUUUCCAAAACCACAACGCCAGCUCUAAAAAGCACAGUAUCCUCUACACAUUUUUCAGAGAGUAGCAUGACGCCAUCCAGUUUGCCAAGGACCACCGCUUCUGCUUUAUCAAGUAAUGUGCCAUCUACCACUCCCACAACCAGUUCCGGAUUUCUUUCUACCCCGGAGCAAACAUCCACCUCUCCUCUGGAGAGAACAGAACAUACAACAAUUUCAGAAAAGAGCAGCACAAUUACUUCUGCUAGUACUGAAAGUACAGGUUCCACUUCGGAGAGGCCAGCAUAUUCCACACCUUUGCUAGAGACCACCAUGUCUGAAUCCAUCACAUCAGAAACAGCUACCUCUCCUCCAGAAAGCACGACAACUGCUGGAAAGAGUAGGAUGACAACUGCUCCCAGUACAGAAACCACAAGUUCUAUUCCAGAGAGCACAGCAGUCUCCACGGCAUUACCAGCAACCACAUUGAAUGAAUCCACCACAUCACAAACUGCCACAUCUGCCCCAGAGAGCAGACAGCCCCCCAGCUCCUUCCCUGAAAGCUCUACAAUUAGUACUAGUAAAACAAAAACCACUACUCAACUUCCAAUGACCACGGAAUACUUAACUACUUCUCCACAAACCACCACAUUGGAAACCACCACAACAGUGACAGCCACUACUCCCCCACAGAGCACAGUGACCUCCAGCUCUAUAAAGACUACUAGGUCUUCAAAAACCAUUGCUCAACAUUCAACCACCACAGCUACUCCUCCAGAGGCCACCACCACACCUGCAUCCAUCACAUCAGAAGCAGCCAGCUCUCCAAUGAGUACAGUGCCUUCUACGGCAUCAGCAAAGAGCAGAAUAACAUCUUCUAUUUCCAAAACCACAACGCCAGCUCUAAAAAGCACAGUAUCCUCUACAUCUUUUUCAGAGAGUAGUAUGACACCAUCCAAUUUGCCAAGGACCACCGCUUCUGCUUUAUCAAGUAGUAUGCCAUCUACCACUCCCACAACCAGUUCCGGAUUUCUUUCUACCCCGGAGCAAACAUCCACCUCUCCUCUGGAGAGAACAGAACAUACAACAAUUUCAGAAAAGAGCAGCACAAUUACUUCUGCUAGUACUGAAAGUACAGGUUCCACAUUGGAGAGGUCAGCAUAUUCCACACCGUUGCCAGAGACCACCAUGUCUGAAUCCAUCACAUCAGAAACAGCUACUUCUCCUCCAGAAAGCACUACAACUGCUGGAAAGAGUAGGAUGACAACUGCUCCCAGUACAGAAACCACAAGUUCUAUUCCAGAGAGCACAGCAGUCUCCACAGCAUUACCAUCAACCACAUUGAAUGAAUCUACCACAUCACAAACUGCCACAUCUGCCCCAGAGAGCACACAGCCCCCCAGCUCCUUCCCUGAAAGCUCUACAAUUAAUACUAGUAAAACAAAAACCACUACUCAACUUCCAAUGACCACGGAAUACUUAACUACUUCUCCACAAACCACCACAUUGGAAACCACCACAACAGUGACAGCCACUACUCCCCCACAGAGCACAGUGACCUCCAGCUCUAUAAAGACUACUAGGUCUUCAAAAACCAUUGCUCAACAUUCAACCACCACAGCUACUCCUCCAGAGGCCACCACCACACCUGCAUCCAUCACAUCAGAAGCAGCCAGCUCUCCAAUGAGUACAGUGCCUUCUACGGCAUCAGCAAAGAGCAGAAUAACAUCUUCUAUUUCCAAAACCACAACGCCAGCUCUAAAAAGCACAGUAUCCUCUACACCUUUUUCAGAGAGUAGGAUGACGCCAUCCAGUUUGCCAAGGACCACCGCUUCUGCUUUAUCAAGUAGUGUACCAUCUACCACUUCCACAACCAGUUCCGGAUUUCUUUCUACUCCGGAGCAAACAUCCACCUCUCCUCUGGAGAGAACAGAAUAUACAACAAUUUCAGAAAAGAGCAGCACAAUUACUUCUGCUAGUACUGAAAGUACAGGUUCCACUUCGGAGAGGCCAGCAUAUUCCACACCUUUGCUAGAGACCACCAUGUCUGAAUCCAUCACAUCAGAAACAGCUACCUCUCCUCCAGAAAGCACGACAACUGCUGGAAAGAGUAGGAUGACAACUGCUCCCAGUACAGAAACCACAAGUUCUAUUCCAGAGAGCACAGCAGUCUCCACGGCAUUACCAGCAGCCACAUUGAAUGAAUCCACCACAUCACAAACUGCCACAUCUGCCCCAGAGAGCAGACAGCCCCCCAGCUCCUUCCCUGAAAGCUCUACAAUUAGUACUAGUAAAACAAAAACCACUACUCAACUUCCAAUGUCCACGGACUACUUAACUACUUCUCCACAAACCACCACAUUGGAAACCACCACAGCAGUGACAGCCACUACUCCCCCACAGAGCACAGUGACCUCCAGCUCUAUAAAGACUACUAGGUAUUCAAAAACCAUUGCUCAACAUUCAACCACCACAGCUACUCCUCCAGAGGCCACCACCACACCUGCAUCCAUCACAUCAGAAGAAGCCAGCUCUCCAAUGAGUACAGUGCCUUCUACGGCAUCAGCAAAGAGCAGAAUAACAUCUUCUAUUUCCAAAACCACAACGCCAGCUCUAAAAAGCACAGUAUCCUCUACACCUUUUUCAGAGAGUAGAAUGACGCCAUCCAGUUUGCCAAGGACCACCGCUUCUGCUUUAUCAAGUAGUGUACCAUCUACCACUUCCACAACCAGUUCCGGAUUUCUUUGUACUCCGGAGCAAACAUCCACCUCUCCUCUGGAGAGAACAGAAUAUACAACAAUUUCAGAAAAGAGCAGCACAAUUACUUCUGCUAGUACUGAAAGUACAGGUUCCACUUCGGAGAGGCCAGCAUAUUCCACACGUUUGCUAGAGACCACCAUGUCUGAAUCCAUCACAUCAAAAACAGCUACCUCUCCUCCAGAAAGCAUGAGAACUGCUGGAAAGAGUAGCAUGACAACUGCUCCCAGUACAGAAACCACUAUUCCAGAGAGCACAGCAGUCUCCACAGCAUUACCAGCAACCACAUUGAAUGAAUCCACCACAUCACAAACUGCCACAUCUGCCCCAGAGAGCACACAGCCCCCCAGCUCCUUCCCUGAAAGCUCUACAAUUACUUCUAGUAAAACAAAAACCACUACUCAACUGCCAAUGACCACGGAAUACUUAACUACUUCUUCACAAACCACCACAUUGGAAACCACCACAGCAGUGACAGCCACUACUCCCCCACAGAGCACAGUGACCUCCAGCUCUAUAAAGACUACUAGGUCUUCAAAAACCAUUGCUCAACAUUCAACCACCACAGCUACUCCUCCAGAGGCCACCACCACACCUGCAUCCAUCACAUCAGAAGCAGCCAGCUCUCCAAUGAGUACAGUGCCUUCUACGGCAUCAGCAAAGAGCAGAAUAACAUCUUCUAUUUCCAAAACCACAUCGCCAGCUCUAAAAAGCACAGUAUCCUUUACACCUUUUUCAGAGAGUAGGAUGACGCCAUCCAGUUUGCCAAGGACCACUGCUUCUACUUUAUCAAGUAGUGUACCAUCUACCACUCCCACAACCAGUUCCGGAUUUCUUUCUACCCCGGAGCAAACAUCCACCUCUCCUCUGGAGCAAACAGAACAUACAACAAUUUCAGAAAAGAGCAGCACAAUUACUUCUGCUAGUACUGAAAGUACAGGUUCCACUUCGGAGAGGCCAGCAUAUUCCAUACCUUUGCUAGAGACCACCAUGUCUGAAUCCAUCACAUCAGAAACAGCUACCUCUCCUCCAGAAAGUACUACAACUGCUGGAAAGAGUAGGAUGACAACUGCUCCCAGUACAGAAACCACAAGUUCUAUUCCAGAGAGCACAGCAGUCUCCACAGCAUUACCAGCAACCACAUUGAAUGAAUCCACCACAUCCCAAACUGCCACAUCUGCCCCAGAGAACACACAGCCCCCCAGCUCCUUCCCUGAAAGCUCUACAAUUAGUACUAGUAAAACAAAAACCACUACUCAACUUCCAAUGGCCACGGAAUACUUAACUACUUCUCCACAAACCACCACAUUGGAAACCACCACAGCAGUGACAGCCACUACUCCCCCACAGAGCACAGUGACCUCCAGCUCUAUAAAGACUACUAGGUCUUCAAAAACCAUUGCUCAACAUUCAACCACCACAGCUACUCCUCCAGAGGCCACCACCACACCUGCAUCCAUCACAUCAGAAGCAGCCAGCUCUCCAAUGAGUACAGUGCCUUCUACGGCAUCAGCAAAGAGCAGAAUAACAUCUUCUAUUUCCAAAACCACAACGCCAGCUCUAAAAAGCACAGUAUCCUCUACACCUUUUUCAGAGAGUGGCAUGACGCCAUCCAGUUUGCCAAGGACCACCGCUUCUGCUUUAUCAAGUAAUGUGCCAUCUACCACUCCCACAACCAGUUCCGGAUUUCUUUCUACCCCGGAGCAAACAUCCACCUCUCCUCUGGAGAGAACAGAACAUACAACAAUUUCAGAAAAGAGCAGCACAAUUACUUCUGCUAGUACUAAAAGUACAGGUUCCACUUCGGAGAGGCCAGCAUAUUCCACACCUUUGCUAGAGACCACCAUGUCUGAAUCCAUCACAUCAAAAACAGCUACCUCUCCUCCAGAAAGCAUGAGAACUGCUGGAAAGAGUAGCAUGACAACUGCUCCCAGUACAGAAACCACUAUUCCAGAGAGCACAGCAGUCUCCACAGCAUUACCAGCAACCACAUUGAAUGAAUCCACUACAUCACAAACUACCACAUCUGCCCCAGAGAGCACACAACCCCCCAGCCCCUUCCCUGAAAGCUCUACAAUUAGUACUAGUAAAACAAAAACCACUACUCAACUUCCAAUGGCCACGGAAUACUUAACUACUUCUCCACAAACCACCACAUUGGAAACCACCACAACAGUGACAGCCACUACUCCCCCACAGAGCACAGUGACCUCUAGCUCUAUAAAGACUACUAGGUCUUCAAAAACCAUUGCUCAACAUUCAACCACCACAGCUACUCCUCCAGAGGCCACCACCACACCUGCAUCCAUCACAUCAGAAGCAGCCAGCUCUCCAAUGAGUACAGUGCCUUCUACGGCAUCAGCAAAGAGCAGAAUAACAUCUUCUAUUUCCAAAACCACAAUGCCAGCUCUAAAAAGCACAAUAUCCUCUACACCUUUUUCAGAGAGUAGCAUGACACCAUCCAAUUUGCCAAGGACCACUGCUUCUGCUUUAUCAAGUAGUGUACCAUCUACCACUCCCACAACCAGUUCCGGAUUUCUUUCUACCCCUGAGCAAACAUCCUUCUCUCCUCUGGAGAGAACAGAACAUACAACAAUUUCAGAAAAGAGCAGCCCAAUUACUUCUGCUAGGAGUGAAAAUACAGGUUCCACUUCGGAGAGGCCAGCAUAUUCCACACCUUUGCCAGAGACCACCAUGUCUGAAUCCAUCACAUCAGAAACAGCUACCUCUCCUCCAGAAAGCACUACAACUGCUGGAAAGAGUAGCAUGACAAUUGCUCUCAGUACAGAAACCACAAGUUCUAUUCCAGAGAGCACAUCAUUCUCCACAGCAUUACCAGCAACCACAUUGAAUGAAUCCACCACAUCACAAACUGCCACAUCUGCCCCAGAGAGCACACAGCCCCCCAGCUCCUUCCCUGAAAGCUCUACAAUUAGUACUAGUAAAACAAAAACCACUACUCAACUUCCAAUGACCACGGAAUACUUAACUACUUCUCCACAAACCACCACAUUGGAAACCACCACAACAGUGACAGCCACUACUCCCCCACAGAGCACAGUGACCUCCAACUCUAUAAAGACGACUAGGUCUUCAAAAACCAUUGCUCAACAUUCAAUCACCACAGCUACUCCUCCAGAGGCCACCACCACACCUGCAUCCAUCACAUCAGAAGAAGCCAGCUCUCCAAUGAGUACAGUGCCUUCUACGGCAUCAGCAAAGAGCAGAAUAACAUCUUCUAUUUCCAAAACCACAACGCCAGCUCUAAAAAGCACAGUAUCCUCUACACCUUUUUCAGAGAGUAGGAUGACGCCAUCCAGUUUGCCAAGGACCACCGCUUCUGCUUUAUCAAGUAGUGUACCAUCUACCACUUCCACAACCAGUUCCGGAUUUCUUUCUACUCCGGAGCAAACAUCCACCUCUCCUCUGGAGAGAACAGAAUAUACAACAAUUUCAGAAAAGAGCAGCACAAUUACUUCUGCUAGGACUGAAAGUACAGGUUCCACUUCGGAGAGGCCAGCAUAUUCCACACGUUUGCUAGAGACCACCAUGUCUGAAUCCAUCACAUCAAAAACAGCUACCUCUCCUCCAGAAAGCAUGAGAACUGCUGGAAAGAGUAGCAUGACAACUGCUCCCAGUACAGAAACCACUAUUCCAGAGAGCACAGCAGUCUCCACAGCAUUACCAGCAACCACAUUGAAUGAAUCCACCACAUCACAAACUGCCACAUCUGCCCCAGAGAGCACACAGCCCCCCAGCUCCUUCCCUGAAAGCUCUACAAUUACUUCUAGUAAAACAAAAACCACUACUCAACUACCAAUGACCACGGAAUACUUAACUACUUCUCCACAAACCACCACAUUGGAAACCACCACAACAGUGACAGCCACUACUCCCCCACAGAGCACAGUGACCUCCAACUCUAUAAAGACGACUAGGUCUUCAAAAACCAUUGCUCAACAUUCAACCACCACAGCUACUCCUCCAGAGGCCACCACCACACCUGCAUCCAUCACAUCAGAAGCAGCCAGCUCUCCAAUGAGUACAGUGCCUUCUACGGCAUCAGCAAAGAGCAGAAUAACAUCUUCUAUUUCCAAAACCACAUCGCCAGCUCUAAAAAGCACAGUAUCCUUUACACCUUUUUCAGAGAGUAGGAUGACGCCAUCCAGUUUGCCAAGGACCACCGCUUCUGCUUUAUCAAGUAGUGUACCAUCUACCACUCCCACAACCAGUUCCGGAUUUCUUUCUACCCUGGAGCAAACAUCCACCUCUCCUCUGGAGGAAACAGAACAUACAACAAUUUCAGAAAAGAGCAGCACAAUUACUUCUGCUAGUACUGAAAGUACAGGUUCCACUUCGGAGAGGCCAGCAUAUUCCAUACCUUUGCUAGAGACCACCAUGUCUGAAUCCAUCACAUCAGAAACAGCUACUUCUCCUCCAGAAAGCACUACAACUGCUGGAAAGAGUAGGAUGACAACUGCUCCUAGUAGAGAAACCACUAUUCCAGAGAGCACGGCAGUCUCCACAGCAUUACCAGCAACCACAUUGAAUGAAUCCACCACAUCACAAACUGCCACAUCUGCUCCAGAGAGCACACAGCCCCCCAGCUCCUUCCCUGAAAGCUCUACAAUUAGUACUAGUAAAAGAAAAACCACUACUCAACUUCCAAUGUCCACGGAAUACUUAACUACUUCUCCACAAACCACCACAUUGGAAACCACCACAGCAGUGACAGCCACUACUCCCCCACAGAGCACAGUGACCUCUAGCUCUAUAAAGACUACUAGGUCUUCAAAAACCAUUGCUCAACAUUCAACCACCACAGCUACUCCUCCAGAGGCCACCACCACACCUGCAUCCAUCACAUCAGAAGCAGCCAGCUCUCCAAUGAGUACAGUGCCUUCUACGGCAUCAGCAAAGAGCAGAAUAACAUCUUCUAUUUCCAAAACCACAAUGCCAGCUCUAAAAAGCACAAUAUCCUCUACACCUUUUUCAGAGAGUAGCAUGACACCAUCCAAUUUGCCAAGGACCACUGCUUCUGCUUUAUCAAGUAGUGUACCAUCUACCACUCCCACAACCAGUUCCGGAUUUCUUUCUACCCCUGAGCAAACAUCCUUCUCUCCUCUGGAGAGAACAGAACAUACAACAAUUUCAGAAAAGAGCAGCCCAAUUACUUCUGCUAGGAGUGAAAAUACAGGUUCCACUUCGGAGAGGCCAGCAUAUUCCACACCUUUGCCAGAGACCACCAUGUCUGAAUCCAUCACAUCAGAAACAGCUACCUCUCCUCCAGAAAGCACUACAACUGCUGGAAAGAGUAGCAUGACAAUUGCUCUCAGUACAGAAACCACAAGUUCUAUUCCAGAGAGCACAUCAUUCUCCACAGCAUUACCAGCAACCACAUUGAAUGAAUCCACCACAUCACAAACUGCCACAUCUGCCCCAGAGAGCACACAGCCCCCCAGCUCCUUCCCUGAAAGCUCUACAAUUAGUACUAGUAAAACAAAAACCACUACUCAACUUCCAAUGACCACGGAAUACUUAACUACUUCUCCACAAACCACCACAUUGGAAACCACUGCAACAGUGACAGCCACUACUCCCCCACAGAGCACAGUGACCUCCGGCUCUAUAAAGACUACGAGGUCUUCAAAAACCAUUGCUCAACAUUCAACUACCACAGCUACUCCUCCAGAGGCCACCACCACACCUGCAUCCAUCACAUCAGAAGCAGCCAGCUCUCUAAUGAGUACAGUGCCUUUUACGGCAUCAGCAAAGAGCAGAACAACAUCUUCUAUUUCCAAAACUUCAACGCCAGCUCUAAAGAGCACAGUAUCCUCCACAUCUUUUUCAGAGAGUAGCAUGACGCCACCCAGUUUUCCAAGGACCACCGCUUCUGCUUUAUCAAGCAGUGUGCCAUCUACUACUCCCACAACUUUAGUUUCUUCAGUGUCACACCAAACAGAAUCUGUUAGUCCCUAUGAGUCAGUGAUGACAAGCUUGGGCACUUUCAAGACUUCUACACCUCCCACAAAAAUAAUAUCAACUGCUACUUCAGGGACAAGGAGAGCAGGCACUUAUACCACCACCACCACCUCCUUUCCUGAAGGAAACCUCUUUACGAGUGAAGCCAAUAUUGCAUCCACAUUUAUUAGCACAACACCAAUUGAAACUGUUUCUCCCACUUCCAAACCUCCAGUGGCAACUGAAUGCUUUACGGUCAACUUCAUUGCAACUAAUUUGAUCUAUAGACCACAGAUGGAGAAUCCCAAGUCAAAGCUCUUCAGCUCAACGCAAGGAGUUUUCGGUAACUUGUUGGGAAAGAUAUUGAACACCAGCAAGAUUGGUCCUGAUUUCAUCAGCUGUAGCUUAUCAACAUUAAAAUCUGUGAAUCAGGGCAAGAACACCGGAGUAGACAGUAUCUGCUGCUACCGUAAAACCACCACAGCCCCCCCUUUUGAUCGAGUGAACAUAUAUCGCAAAUUCAUAAAUGAGACCAAUGGUUUCACUAGGAUGGAGACAUACAGCCUGGACCCAAACAGCCUUUUUGUUAAUGAUUAUCAUGAAGCAUCACCUGCGACCACUGUUUCUCCCACUUCCAAACCUCCAGUGGCAACUGAAUGCUUUACGGUCAACUUCAUUGCAACUAAUUUGAUCUAUAGGCCACAGAUGGAUAAUCCGAAGUCAAAGCUCUUCAGUUCAACGCAAGGAGUCUUCGGUAACUUGUUGGGACAGAUUUUGAACACCAGCAAGAUUGGUCCUGAUUUCAUCAACUGUAGUUUAUCAACAUUAAGAUCUGAAAAUCAGGGAGAGAACACUGGAGUAAACAGUGUCUGCUGCUACCGUAAAAUCACCACCGCCCCUCCUUUUGAUCGAGUGAACAUAUAUCACAAAUUCAUAAAUGAGACCAACGGUUUCACCAAGAUGGAGACAUACAGCCUGGACCCAAACAGCCUUUUUGUUAAUGAUUAUCAUGAAGCAUCACCUGCGACCACUGUUUCUCCCACUUCCAAACCUCCAGUGGCAACUGAAUGCUUUACGGUCAACUUCAUUGCAACAAAUUUGAUCUAUAGGCCACAGAUGGAUAAUCCGAAAUCAAAGCUCUUCAGCUCAACGCAAGGAGUUUUCGGUAACUUGUUGGGACAAAUUUUGAACACCAGCAAGAUUGGUCCUGAUUUCAUCAACUGUAGCUUAUCAACAUUAAGAUCUGUGAAUCAGGGCAAGAACACCGGAGUAGACAGUGUCUGCUGCUACCGUAAAACCACCAUAGCCCCCCCUUUUGAUCGAGUGAACAUAUAUCACAAAUUCAUAAAUGAGACCAACGGUUUCACCAGGAUGGAGACAUACAGCCUGGACCCAAACAGCCUUUUUGUUAAUGAUUAUCAUGAAGCAUCACCUGUGACCACUGUUUCUCCCACUUCCAUACCUUCAGUGACAACCGAAUGCUUUACGGUCAACUUCAUUGCAACUAAUUUGAUCUAUAGGCCACAGAUGGAUAAUCCAAAGUCAAAGUUCUUCAGCUCAACGCAAGGAAUCUUCAGUAACUUGUUGGGACAAAUUUUGAACACCAGCAAGAUUGGUCCUGAUUUCAUCAACUGUAGCUUAUCAACAUUAAGAUCUCUGAAUCAGGGAGAGAACACCGGAGUAGACAGUGUCUGCUGCUACCGUAAAACCUCAACAGCCCCCCCUUUUGAUCGAGUGAACAUAUAUCGCAAAUUCAUAAAUGAGACCAAUGGUUUCACCAAGAUGGAGAUGUACAGCCUGGACCCAAACAGCCUUUUUGUUAAUGAUUAUCAUGAAGCACCACCUGCGACCACUGUUUCUCCCACUUCCAAACCUCCAGUGGCAACUGAAUGCUUUACGGUCAACUUCAUUGCAACUAAUUUGAUCUAUAGGCCACAGAUGGAUAAUCCCACAUCAAGGAUUUUCAGCUCAACACAACGAUUCUUGGUUAAUUUGCUGGGACAAAUAUUGAACACCAGCAAGAUUGGUCCUGACUUGAUCAACUGUAGUUUAUCAACAUUAAGAUCUGAGAAUCAGGGAGAGAACACUGGAGUAGACAGUGUCUGCUGCUACCGUAAAACCACCACAGCCCCCCCUUUUGAUCGAGUGAAUAUAUAUCGCAAAUUCAUAAAUGAGACCAAUGGUUUCACCAAGAUGGAGAGGUACAGCUUGGACCCAAACAGCCUUUUUGUUAAUGAUUAUCAUGAAGCACCACCUGCGACCACUGUUUCUCCCACUUCCAAACCUCCAGUGGCAACUGAAUGCUUUACGGUCAACUUCAUUGCAACUAAUUUGAUCUAUAGGCCACAGAUGGAUAAUCCCACAUCAAGGAUUUUCAGCUCAACACAACGAUUCUUGGUUAAUUUGCUGGGACAAAUAUUGAACACCAGCAAGAUUGGUCCUGACUUGAUCAACUGUAGUUUAUCAACAUUAAGAUCUGUGAAUCAGGGAGAGAACACCGGAGUAGACAGUGUCUGCUGCUACCGUAAAACCACCAUAGCCCCCCCUUUUGAUCGAGUGAACAUAUAUCGCAAAUUCAUAAAUGAGACCAACGGUUUCACCAAGAUGGAGAGAUACAGCCUGGAUCCAAACAGCCUUUUUGUUAAUGAUUAUCAUGAAGCAUCAACUCCGACCACUCUUUCUCCCACUUCCAGACCUCCAGUGGCAGCUGAAUGCUUUACAGUCAACUUCAUUGCAACCAAUUUGAUCUAUAGGCCACAGAUGGCUAAUCCCACAUCAAGGAUCUUCAGCUCAACACAACGAUUCUUGGUUAAUUUGUUUGGACAAAUAUUGAACACCAGCAAGAUUGGUCUUGAUUUAAUCAACUGUAGUUUAACCACAUUAAGACCUGUGAAUGAGGGCAAGAACACCGGAGUAGACAGUGUCUGCUGUUCCCGUAAAACCACCACAGCUCCCCCUUUUGAUCGAGUGAACAUAUAUCGCAAAUUCAUAAAAGAGACCAACGGUUUCACCAAGAUGGAGACAUACAGCCUGGAUCCAAACAGCCUUUUUGUUAAUGAUUAUCAUGAAGCAGCACCUCCAACCACUGUUUCUCCCACUUCCAAACCUCCAGUGACAACCGAAUGCUUUACGGUCAACCUCACUAUCAAGAAUUUGAUGUAUAGGCCACCGAUGGGUAAUCCCAAGUCAAGACUCUUCAGCUCAACACAAGGAGUGCUUCGUAAAUUGUUGGGACAGAUAUUGAACACCAGCAAGGUUGGUCCUGAUUUGAUCAACUGUACUUUAUCAACAUUAAGAUCUGUGAAUCAGGGCAAGUACACUGGAGCAGACAGUGUCUGCUGCUACCGUAAAACCACAACAGCCCCCCCUUUUGAUCGAGUGAACAUAUAUCGCAAAUUCAUAAAUGAGACCAAUGGUUUCACCAAGAUGGAGAGGUACAGCCUGGAUUCAAACAGCCUUUUUGUUAAUGAUUAUCAUGAGGCAUCACCUCCUACCACUCUUUCUCCGACUUCCAGACCUCCAGUGGCAACUGAAUGCUUUACAGUCAACUUCAUUGCAACCAAUUUGAUCUAUAGGCCACAGAUGGCUAAUCCCACAUCAAGGAUUUUCAGCUCAACACAACGAUUCUUGGUUAAUUUGCUGGGAGAUAUAUUGAAAAACAGUGACAUUGGUCGUGAUUUGAUCAACUGCCGUUUAUCAACAUUAAGAUCUGUAAAUCAGAGAAAGUAUACUGGAGUAGACAGUGUGUGCUGCUAUCGUAAAGCCGCUGCAGCCCCCCCUUUCGAUCCAAUCAAUAUAUAUCAGAAAUUCAUAAAUGAGACCAACCAUUUCACCAAGAUGGGGAGGUACAACCUGGAUCCAAACAGCCUUUUUGUUAAUGGAUAUUCACCAUCUACAACUGAUUCAGCUCCAGGUCUAGUAGGCUAUAAGCUUGGUUUCAAAAUUAUUAACAAGAACUUGACCAAUACAAAUCCAUUAUCACCAGAAUAUAAGCAAUUGAUCGGUUCCAUCAGUAAUGAGUUGAAUCAACUCUUCCACCAGAGUUCCAUCAACGAUGGAUUCAAAAUUUGUGCUGUAACUAAAUUAAGGAUCGGUUCCAUCAUAGUUGAUUGCAGGUGUUACUUCCAUCCCGCAAGGAAUAUCAGCAAAGACACCAUCAAAGAUGUCUUUCAACAAGAGACCCAGAAUGCCACCUCUCAGUGGCUGGGUAGCAGGUUCCAAAUCAUGGGCUUCACCGUGGAAGUUCUUGAAACAAAUACUGAAGCAGUAAACGAUAAGCCUCCACACAUGCUAAAGCUAAAGAACUUCACUGUAAAUUUCACCAUUAUCAACUUGCCAUACAAGGACAUGAAGAAUCCAAAGUCAGAUGUUUAUCAGAAAACCAAAGAGAGCAUCAAGGAUGAGCUCAACCAUCUGUAUCAACGCAGUGAUCUAAGCAAGAAUUUUCUAGGCUGUUCUGUGAAAAACCUGAGACCCACUAGCCAUGAAACUCAAACCGGUGUCAAUUCUAUCUGCACGUUUGCAAUGGAGUUUGGUUCAAAGACUUUUGACAAAGACCUUGUGCAUGAUAUAUUUAAAAACCUGACUCAGAAUGCUUCCCUAAUGGGGAAAUACAGCCUGGACAAUGACAGCAUAAAUAUUAAUGCAUAUCCUUCAGCCAUGGCAACAAAACCAUCCAAACAAGAGCUUCCUUAUUGGACCAUCAUUCUCAUAUGCUUCUCCGUCUUACUGAGUUCUAUCUUUUUAUUUCUUCUAUGUGUCAUGACUGCUGUCUGGGUGAAGAAGAGAGCAGGCAAGUAUCAGAUCCAAAGGAACAUGUUUGGCCUUUAUUUCCCACACAUGGACAUGCAAAAAUCAUAGUGAUGUGGACUUUGGAAACUUGACUUCUUCCCUGCAAGAAGACCCUUUUUGCAGAGUUCCAUUUUGCACAUAUUAUGCAGAAACAUAUGUUUACUAUAGCUGGAAUGAAUUUCUUGAUGAAGAAGAGAUACUACAUAUUCUGUGGAAGAAUGCCAGAUUUAGAGAGUGAUGGGGUGCCCUGUCAUAUUUAUUUAUUAUGUGUUGUGAAACUUGGAAUAUCUUUUUAAAUAUCUAUAAAAACUGUAGAGUAGAUUAUUUAAGUUCAAAAAAGAGAGAUUCUGCCUGGAGCAUGGAUCAGUAUUAAACAAGUUGCAUCCUUUUGAGAAUGCAAAGCAUCAGUGAACUCUAUUGCACAUUAAAAAUGUAAAAAAAAGAAAAUAUAUAUUCUUUUGUUCAAUCAGUAAACAUUUCACUUGUUUUUGUUUUUGAAGCAGGAAAUUUUUUCUUCAAAGACAAUUAAGUUGUUGAAAUGGAAGACUUACAGUAUUUUUAUUUGAGCUGCAAUUAUAUUAUAUUGUACUGCACUGUACUGUAGUAUCUGUUUUCAAAAUAAUGUAUCUUGGGUAGAGAUGAUUUUCAAUCCUUUUUUUAAAUAUUUCAAAUGUUCCUGAUUUCUUACAAAUCAAUAAACAUGAGCAAGAAAAUAAAAAUGAAACCUAAACUUCUA